AUGCCCCGCCACCGUUCGACACCGUUUUCCGGACUGCCGUACAAGGUGUACGCCGGGCACGACUCGGUGCUGGCGGAAAAGCGUAAGCAGCGGCGGAUACGAACGACCUUCACGUCGGCCCAGCUCAAGGAACUGGAGCGAGCGUUCCAGGAGACGCACUAUCCCGACAUCUACACGCGCGAGGAGAUUGCGAUGAAAAUCGAUCUGACCGAAGCACGGGUACAGACAGCUCGGUUCGGCUACGGCGGAACCAUUUCUAUCCCCUCCGGGCACCGGGCACCGGGAACCCUUCGCCCGAAGGCCGAGGUGUCACCGGAAGAGGUGUCCUUUCGAGGAGCAGCCGGUGGUCUCGCAACAUCGUUGUUAACAAACAGCACCACCGGUGCUGCCGGUGGCGACCCUUCGGCGACCCUGCUUCUGUCGUCGGAGCACGUGGCCCAUCAUCUGUUCGGCCCGAUGAAGCCAUCAUCCGGCUCCGAAGCCAACGAUUCUGCUGCCAGUGUUCAGUUUGCAAAAGUGCCGCACCAUCUGUCGCUAUUUGUGUUCUAUUGGUUUUGA